AUGGGCGGUUGGAACUUGGCAAAUUGCAUCAACUUAUUUGUUCUCACAGUUAUCUUUGUUUCAGGAGAAAACGUGGCUAAGCAUAACAGCUGCAAGAAGGUCUUGGGGCAAGAAGCAAGUUCUCUUACUGUUGCGCAAAUAAGCAAUGUCUCGUCGAAGGCACGUUAUGAAGUCUGCGCCGAUAUUUUCGGCGUAAUUUUCUAUUGUCCAGGGGAUGAAAUAUGUUGCACACCAGGGGAUCCAUUUAGCAAAUGUUGCCCGGCAGACUAUCCGCUUUGCUUACCCGUGGAAAACCCAGAAAAAUGCUGCCCAGUAGGAUAUCCAAAACUUUGUGGGUCAUACUGUUGCGUGGAAGACAGCUUCUGCUGCAACGAGAAAAUCUGCUGUGAAAAUGAAAGCGCUUGCUGCGGGGCCCAGUGUUGCGAGGAUGGUGAAUUUUGCUGCAAUGGCCUAAGCUGUUGUGAUAGUGGAGAGAGCUGUUGUGGGGUUCAGUGUUGCGAGGUUGGCAAAUUUUGCUGCAUUGGCAUAAACUGUUGUGAUAGUGUAGGCGCUUGUUGUGGGGUUCAGUGCUGCGACGUUGGCGAAUUUUGCUGCAAUGGCAUAAGCUGUUGUGAUAGUGUAGACGCCUGUUGUGGGGCUCAGUGCUGCCCAGAAGAUGCCCCUUGCUGUAGGCAGGAUGAAUCCUCAGCAUGCUGCGACAAAGUUACCAUGGCCUGUUGUGACGGAUACGGGUGUGUUACUCCAUGCCCAUCCCAGUUUGAUGCCAUAGGAUGCCAACUGUCAAGCCUGACCCUUGACGAUAAACUGCUACAAGCACCAUACGGAUUGCCAACAAACGUUUAUCGACUACUGCGCCCUAACGAGAAUCCUGAUGGAAUUGUUGCAAAAAAUCCGGGUGCCCAGAAAAGUGUUCUGUCUCAUGUUAACUGCGGAAGUCGCCCGAAAUACGCUUCGCAGUUUAUAUCAACAUCAGCAUCCUUAGACGUGGCAAAGGACUACAAAAAAAAAGGCGAGGAAAAAGGUAUAACCGGAUUGAGAAUUUGUGAGUUUGAGGUAGAUAAAUUGCCCCAGACUUGCCAGAUCGUGGACCUUACAACCGAGGAGAACCGAGACAAGUACCUGGGAAAUGCUGUGUGUAAAGCUUAUGCCAAGGCAUCGGCAGAGGUCCUUCUUCAAUGCGGUGUGCCAAUUCCAUGUACGGUCAUUGAUCCCCCGAACCGAGCGUGA